GUUGCAUUGAGUAAAAUUUUGAAUCGGGAAAUUUCAUAAGGCUAGAAAAUAUAAUUAAGGCUAUAAAUAACUUCAAGAAUACGUUUGUUAGGGUCCCUAGGCUUUCCUUCUGACAUGAUGGCUGUCAGUUUCAUCGAGGGUGGGAGACUUUAUCUACAGAUUAAUGUUUUAUUGUGAUAGUACUAAUGUUUCCUAGAAAAAUAUGUCUAGUCUAAAAAUUGAGUAGAGCAUGAAUAUUGGCUAGAACAAAAUAUUUGUGCUUGUGGUCAUGUUGGAGACCAGAUCAAUGCGUGGAACUCCUGAACCUCCUGCCUGGCAAUCCAAGAGUAACUACGCUGUUAGGCCUCCACCUCAUCAUAUGGCAAAUCCCAAUAUGAGAUAUGGCAAAACAAGCCAAGAAGAUGUUUGUUAUGUUGUUGCAAAGUACGACUAUGCUGCUCAAGGUGCACAGGAGUUAGAUUUACGAAAAAACGAAAGGUACUUAUUGCUGGACGACUCAAAACAUUGGUGGCGGGUACAAAAUUCGCGAAACCAAUCAGGAUAUGUGCCCAGCAAUUAUGUCAAAAAGGAGAAGCCGUCGCUUUUUGAUAGUAUUAAGAAAAAGGUCCAGGUGAAAAAGGGUUCUGGUUCUAAAACUCUACCUUCAAAUAACUCCCCUUCUCGGAGCGUUGAAUCUCCUAAUGUAGCCCGUAGACUUCCUGCUGAUCCAUCUGAAGCUAUUGGUGUGGCUGUAGUUAAAUAUAAUUACCAAGCACAGCAGUCAGACGAACUAUCAUUAGUCAAAGGUUCUAGGAUAUUGAUUUUAGAGAAGAGUAACGAUGGAUGGUGGCGAGGUCAAAGUGGUAACGCAGUCGGAUGGUUUCCUUCGAACUAUACUCAAGAAGAGGGUGAUGGAGAUGACACCCUUCACACAUAUGCGAUGGCGGAGAAUGUGUUGGACAUUGUUGUAGCCCUCUACUCGUUCUCAUCAACGAACGAUCAAGAAUUGUCGUUUGAAAAAGGAGAUAGAUUAGAGAUUUUAGAUAGGCCACCUUCUGAUCCAGAAUGGUACAAAGCUCGAAACGCACAAGGUCAGAUCGGUCUGGUCCCACGAAACUAUCUUCAAGAGUUGUCGGAAUACUUGACACAGCCUUAUCAGGAACGUAGGCAGGAACGUAUGGAACAUGUGGACAGGCAACAGCAGCAGCAACAGCAAGAUGGGAUGCUGAAUGAUCGACCCCAUUUGGUUGGCAAACCUUGGUACUACGGUAGUAUCACAAGGAAUCAGUGCGAUAACUUAUUGAAUCAACACGGUCACGAUGGGGACUUUUUGAUUCGAGACAGUGAAACUAACGUCGGAGACUAUUCCGUGUCGUUGAAAGCACCUGGUCGCAACAAGCACUUCCGUGUUCAUGUGGAGGGCGCGCUUUAUUGCAUUGGUCAGCGAAAGUUCCACACUCUCGAUCAGCUAGUCGAUCACUACCAAAGGGCGCCGAUUUAUACGAACAAACAAGGCGAGAAGCUGUACUUGGUGCGUCCGUUGCCGAAACCAAGUUAAACAUCCGGUACGCGGGAUCGUCUUCGACGACGAUAGCAUUAUCUCGGUGUCGUAGGUUAUGAGCUGCUACUGCUGCUGGUUUUUUCUUAUUGUAUUUUUGUGAUGUUAAUCGAUAAGGAUUUUUUAUUCGGCGUGUGGUUUGAAUUGACUCUGUACUGAAAAAGAGAUGUCGUACAUAGAAUGACCAUAAUAUAAGCUUUAGUUAAGCCAGGGAAGAAGUAGGAGGAUGAGUUGGAUCUCGAAGUUAUUUUACAGAUAAAUAUACAGAAGGGAGAGAUAUUUUUCGUUCAGACAUCUUUUUUUACUAAAUUACAAAGUAACAUACAGUUGCUCAAAGUAUUCAAAUUAAAAGUUUAUUAUUUACUGGAAAUAUUUUUACCAGUUCACAAAUAAUAAGUAUGCAACAAACGAUGAAGAAGAGGUUGUCAAGAGUGAUUUAGGCUACGUUUUUAAUUCGUAAGAAUUUACAAUGAAUAAUUAAGAGAAUCUAAUGGUUAAAAAUUUAAUCCGUGAUUCCCGAAUAGGUCAAUUUUUUAUUAUUAUUUUAAACACUGGAUAUUUUGAGUUGUUUCAUAUUUCUAUUUUAUAUGAAAUCUGAUCAAUUCGUCCUUCUUAGAGUGCUACUGUAAAGAAAACAGCGCAUAACCUAUUAUCAAUUAUCUGGUCAAAGUCUUUAAGUUUAACGUCCAAUUCCAUAUACUUUACCGUCAUAAUCACUCAUACAUAUUAUAUUUUUCUAAGCACGGAAUGUGUAAUGUAUGUAAUAUUUUUUACAGUUUAUUUAUCAUCUACAUCUACACACAUCUCCUGGUAGUUCAUUUAGUAACUCAUUCGUACUCGUAGAAUUGUUCUAGUUUUUAUUAUUUGCGUCUAAUAUACUUUAUUAGAUGAUAUUCUAAAGUGUAAUGGUUAAUUUAAUAACAUCCUAAUUGCGUUUUUUAAUCGAUUUUCCGGUUUUAUAUGGUAUGUUUUGUGAUUUAGAUUUUUCAUGUAAAAGGUAGGAAAUCAAUACUUAUUAAGAAUAUUAAGUGCGUUUGUGUAAGCGACGUUAGAUUUUUCUAAAGGAAAUUGUUGAACGAAAGAAUUUUAUACUGAUGAUCGAAAGUUUUAUAAAACGUGUGACAAGGUUGAAGUGGUUAAUGCAGGAAUAUUAUUUUGUAUUAGUAAAUUUGCCACUAAAACAGAAAGGAAUAUUAUUUAUUUGCUACAACUUGUUUAUAGCAUUGCUGUACAUACAUUUCGUUUUUUACAUAAUCGAAGAGUGUAAUAUGUUGUGAUACGAACUACAUAGUAUAUUGCAAAGUAUGUGCAAAGUUCAUACACACACAAGUAGUAAAAGAAAUCGUAAUACGUUUUAUAGUUAAAAUCUUCAAUCAACGAAUACCGGUGGCUACACUUGAUAUUACUUUUUUUAUGUGUUCUAUCAAGUUAAAUUUCAACAUACAUAAAUAUUAGAGUUAUGAAAAGUGUAAUCUGUUUGAAUAUAUGUGUUGACGGGGUAGUGUGGCUACUUUGCACAUCUUGUAAAAAUUUUUUUUACAAUGCUAAAUAAGCUGCCAUUUUAGCUUCGCCUUUCCAGAGACCUCCACUGCACUUCAGUUUUGCAUUAAACACCUUUUAAAUUUACAUAUUUGGUGGUACUCUGAAUUUUAAACGGUACAAAUAUGAAAACCGCAACAUUUCUUCCUUUUUUUAUUUAGGGCAUUUCAUAUAUGAAUAGCUAUUAUUUAUAUUAACAUUAAAUCCUAGUGUAAUUUUUAAUGUGUAACCGAUAGUUUAAAGUAGUAAUUCCAACUAAAGAAAAUUACCAAUUUCGAAAAAAAAUAUUUGAAUAUUGUGUAAAUAGUCGAGCUCUCUUAAUGCCAUAUUCAAGAAACAAUGUUUUUAUCUGUAAUUAAUAUUAUGUAAUUAAUUACUUUUUGAAAUAUUAUUUAUAUUUGAGAGCGGUCCUAUUUC